AUGAUGAUGAUGAUGAUGAUGAUGAUGAUGAUGAUGAUGAUGAUGAUGAUGAUGAUGAUGAUGAUGAUGAUGAUGAUGAUGAUGAUGAUGAUGAUGAUGAUGAUGAUGAUGAUGAUGAUGAUGAUGAUGAUGAUGAUGAUGAUGAUGAUGAUGAUGAUGAUGAUGAUGAUGAUGAUGAUGAUGAUGAUGAUGAUGAUGAUGAUGAUGAUGAUGAUGAUGAUGAUGAUGAUGAUGAUGAUGAUGAUGAUGAUGAUGAUGAUGAUGAUGAUGAUGAUGAUGAUGAUGAUGAUGAUGAUGAUGAUGAUGAUGAUGAUGAUGAUGAUGAUGAUGAUGAUGAUGAUGAUGAUGAUGAUGAUGAUGAUGAUGAUGAUGAUGAUGAUGAUGAUGAUGAUGAUGAUGAUGAUGAUGAUGAUGAUGAUGAUGAUGAUGAUGAUGAUGAUGAUGAUGAUGAUGAUGAUGAUGAUGAUGAUGAUGAUGAUGAUGAUGAUGAUGAUGAUGAUGAUGAUGAUGAUGAUGAUGAUGAUGAUGAUGAUGAUGAUGAUGAUGAUGAUGAUGAUGAUGAUGAUGAUGAUGAUGAUGAUGAUGGUCAGCAACCUCCUGUUUAUAAAGAUUUAUGUCUUCUUUUGA